AAUUAAUAAUAAAGUAAAGAUUCAUCAGGUCUCAGCAGACAACAGUUCUUGAUUAAUCACUGUUUCUCUUCAACUCACACACACACAAACACUCAGAGUGGACUUUGUGUCUACUUUGUGACAGCUAUCAAGCAUCAAGGUUCAGCCAACACAAUGAUUAUUCUCCUCUUGUGAGGUCACGUCUUAACGUUGGAAGUGAUUAAAUUCUGAUUAGCCAUGACUUACUCAUCCCCUGGAGCUAUAAAAGCCUUUGGCUACCUGACAGAAGGCACCGUUAGGUCCAAGAACCCCAGGAGUUAAGGUUGAUCUUGCUCAGCUGCAGCCAUGAAAUUCUCCCUUGUUGCCGCUCUUGUUGUUGUGCUGGCUGUUGCCCAUGGCACUGAGUCCGUGUCACUGGUGAAGCGUGAUGUCCAGGCUGAGGUGGACAAAAUUACUAAGCUCAUCAAUGACAUGUCAACCAGCAUCACCAGCGCAACCCAGGAAAUGGUGGAGAAGGUGAAGGCUCUUGAGGUGACCAACACUGCCCAGACUUACAUGGAAGACAGCAGGGCCCAGAUCCAGCCUCUGGUUGAGAAGGUCCAGGCUGAGGCCGCCAAGCUGCAGGAGCAGGUCAAGCCAUUCAUCGCCAACAUUGAGGAUCAGAUCAAGCCACUGACCGACAACUUCAAUGCCCAGGUCAAGCCACUGACCGACAACUUCCACGCCCAGGUCAAGCCUCUGACCGACAUCAUGGAGAAGUUCUUCAAGCAGGUGAUGGACCAGACCAAGGCCCUGCUCCCCCCCCAGUAGAGCUUAUUGUUGGUUUGUUCCAGCUGCAAUAACAUCCAUGGGCUAAUGCUCAGGAUGCUUCACUGGUGUUUGUCUGUUAUACUCCUCUGUCUUUAAGUCAUCUGUGAUGUGAUGUUUAAAAUGCCAUCAUUAAAGGGGUUUAAAGUCAUCAGUUUGACUUGAUUUGUUCUUUAUUUUGGCUUGUAUGAGUAUUUCUAUAUUUGAUUUGCAUUCUGAGUACAGGGAUUAAUUUAUGGAAAGCAAAAGGGCAAGUAAUAAGGUUGAAAUGAAAUAAAUUGAAGGGAAAGUCAAUAUAAACAUUACCCAUAACCUGGGCCCUCGGGGUUUUCCAUCAUUCAUAGUUCAAUAUUCUGAAGUAGGCUGUUAAAUAGGUUGGAGUCCAGUUAAGUAUAGAUACGAUCAGGGUGAUGGGAUUAACCCAAAUUCAUGGAUGUAUUGACUUUAAACCAAUAAUUAACCUAAUGCACAAUCAGAAUGAUCUGACUGUGGAAAAGCUGAACAAGUCUUGCUUCAUCUGUUUUUUUUUUAUCACAGCCACCCUUCAGCUCAGGAGAAUGACAAGAUAAAAGAAAAGA